UUACGUCAUAUGCGGUAGUACAUUCAUUCAGCAAUGGCUGCCAUGACAGCGAUAGAGAUAGAGAAGCGUCGUGGGAAGAAUGCUGCCCUGUCCAUCGCUGCUGUGGUCAUUGUUUUAGGCCUGCCUUUAUGGUGGAAGACCACAGAAACCUACCGUGCCUGGCUGCCUUACUCCCAAAUCUCUGAGCUGGACUCCUUACAGCUUCAGCUAAGCGUCGAUGUUGAGGUGGUGUUUUCUCGAGGAACCCUGAGUCCCGAGCAGCAGAAGAAGGUCCCGUUCAGUCAAACUAGAGAGCAGGAGCACCAAGUAGACGCUAAGAAUGGUCUGCGGUACAGGUAUGAAACCAAAUAUCGCACGGCCACUAUCAUGGAAGAAGACGCUUUAAAUCAGCCCACAGCUCAAGAGGCGGAUCUUUCUCUGCACACGCUCAGCGAGAGUGCGUGCGGCUCCGUGGUCGUGUAUGUCAUCCCCGAGUCUUCCAACUUGCUCCCAGCGGACGUGAAAGUAUACGUGGGUCGGUGGCGCACUGCGCUGCUGCGUACUGCUCAAUUUCCACCUGCUGGGAGUCUGAAAGAGGUUCUGUCCGCUCUGGAGCCUCAGGUCAAGCAGGUGAUCGACACCAUGUCCUUCACCCACCAGGAGAUCAUGGGUGCUCUGAGCGACCGAAUCCGCAUCAGCCAGGUCAGCAAGGAGAGCCUGGUCGACAGCAUGAGGGCCAUCAAGUCCAGCCCAGGAUAUGAAAUCACCUUUAGCCUCCUGAACCCUGACCCCAAAUCCCACAGCCUGCACUGGGACAUCGAGGGAGCCGUUCAGAGCUACAUCCAGCCUCUUCUGAACAAACUGGCCCCGAUAGCCAACUUCUCUGUGGACUCGCAGAUCCUGUACUAUGCAGUGAUGGGGGUCACCCCUCGUUUUGACAACACCGUAUCGGCAUAUGUUCUCAACACAGCCAGCCUGGCACACGUAAUCAACCCUGUGGAGGCCAGGCUAGGAUCUAAUGCUGCAUCUUCGUACCCGGUCCUGAACUUUCUGCUGUACGUACCCGAAGCUCAUCACUCCCCACUCUUCAUCAGAGACCACAGGAAGAACGAAGUACCCUCAAACGCCUUCCACAGCCCCCGCUGGGGCGGGAUAAUGGUAUACAACGUAAAUGACAUGUACGAGCCUGAGGCGGAAUUUCCCGUAGAUAUCAACAUCAACAUGGGCAAAGUUAUGGGUGUCUUCCUGGCACAGUUGAGACUGUUAUUAGGAGUACAGAAGACACAACCUCCCCCCGGGUUCCUCCUGCAAAGUCCAGGCAGCGCCGGAUUGACCGACUGGGAGCUGGACCGGCUGCUGUGGAGUCGUAGCGUAGAGAAUGUAGCUACCGCUACGACCACCAUCACCUCACUCGCUCAGCUUCUCGACAGGAUUAGCAACAUUGUGAUUAACGACAAUAUCGCAGAGCAGGUGUCCAGUGCGGUGACAUCGCUCCAGGCUGCCAUGGCUGAGCUGGAGGCUGGGAACUUAGCCUUCGCCCUGCAGUACAGUCGAGAGGCCAUAUUGGCUUCUGAGAAAGCGUUUUUUGAUCCCUCUCUUUUGCAUCUAUUAUACUUUCCUGAUGAUCAGAAGUUUGCCAUUUACAUCCCUCUCUUCCUGCCCAUGUGCGUGCCCAUUGUGCUCUCGCUGCUUAAGAUCUUCAAUGAGGUUAGACAGAAACGUGCCGAAAAGCUGGCCAAAAAGGAUUAACAGGGACACACUUGCACACACACACAAUGUGUCGGAACCUGUGGGUGUGGUUUCUAUCCACUGGUUUUUCGUUACACUGUAAAUUGUUACUAAAGACCGUAUGUUGUGUAGCAGACGAACACAACAGAAUCAGUGACUACUAGUGGAAGAGUUGUAUACAUUUUUUUUUUUUCUAAGUCUUUGAAUCAGUUCUCUAUGGUGUGCACCAAUGAUCUGAUUCACAGUAUCUGCUGUAAGCCUUUUUGCCAUUACUCACUAUAAGGGGGAAAAUAUCCACUUUAUAUUCCUUCUGUCACACUCCUAAUCUUUGUAAUGUGCGCUGGCUGGGCGAAAAAAAAAUGCCCACACCCCCAACUUUUUAUUCAUUCAUCCUUAGCCAUGAUUACAGCACACAAUGUGGUGGCCAGAUCAUGUGUGAAAAUUACUUCUCAAGCUUAGAGAACCACUCUUUCACAAUUUGCAUCCUGGAAUAUACCUCAUACCAUCAGGAAGGAAACUCCAUAGAUGUGAUAACCUGGUCGUUCAGUACGUUCAGGUCACCAGCUGACUUCAUUUUAUUGCCACAUAAUGUGGCUGAGUCUAGACCUGCGCAACUGAAACAACCCCAGAUCAUAACACUUCAGAGGCUUGUACGAUGGCCAUCAUGCAUGAUCGCUUCAAGCGCUUCUCUUCUUAUCCUGACACUCUCAUCAUUCUGGAAUAGGCUCAAUCUGAACUCAUCAGACCACAUGACCUUUCCAUUGUUCGAAAAUAGAAUGUCUAUGCUCCCUAGCAAACUGAAGCCUUUUUUUUUUGUCUCAAUAACAAGCGGUUUUCUUAUGGACACAUGGCUAUUAAGUCCCAAUACCCCGAGUUCUCACCACAUUGUGUGUGUAUAAAAAUGCUCCUACUUUCACUAUUAAACAUGGCUCUGGGUUUCUUUUUACCAUGCAA